AUGGCUCCAGGAAUUACAAGACGGCUCCAGGGACCACAAGAUGGCUCCAGGGACCACAAGAUGGCUCCAGGGACCACAAGACGGCUCCAGGGACCACAAGACGGCUCCAGGGACCACAAGACGGCUCCAGGGACCACAAGAUGGCUCCAGGGAUCACAAGACGGCUCCAGGGAUCACAAGACGGCUCCAGGGACCACAAGACGGCUCCAGGGACCACAAGACGGCUCCAGGGACCACAAGACGGCUCCAGGGACCACAAGAUGGCUCCAGGAAUUACAAGACGGCUCCAGGGACCACAAGAUGGCUCCAGGGACCACAAGAUGGCUCCAGGGACCACAAGACGGCUCCAGGGACCACAAGACGGCUCCAGGGACCACAAGACGGCUCCAGGGACCACAAGACGGCUCCAGGGAUCACAAGACGGCUCCAGGGAUCACAAGACGGCUCCAGGGACCACAAGACGGCUCCAGGGACCACAAGACGGCUCCAGGGACCACAAGACGGCUCCAGGGACCACAAGACGGCUCCAGGGACCACAAGAUGGCUCCAGGGACCACAAGAUGGCUCCAGGGACCACAAGAUGGCUCCAGGGACCACAAGACGGCUCCAGGGAUCACAAGACGGCUCCAGGGACCACAAGAUGGCACCAGGGACCACAAGAUGGCUCCAGGGACCACAAGAUGGCUCCAGGGACCACAAGAUGGCUCCAGGGACCACAAGACGGCGCCAGGGACCACAAGACGGCGCCAGGGACCACAAGACGGCGCCAGGGACCACAAGAUGGCUCCAGGGACCACAAGCCGGCUCCAGGGACCACAAGACGGCUCCACGGGCCACAAGACGGCUCCAGGGAUCACAAGAUGGCUCCACGAGCCACAAGACGGCUCCAGGGACCAUAAGACGGCUCCAGGGACCACAAGCUGGCUCCAGGGACCACAAGACGGCUCCACGGGCCACAAGACGGCUCCACGGGCCACAAGACGGCUCCAGGGACCACAAGACGGCUCCACGAGCCACAAGACGGCUCCAGGGACCACAAGACGGCUCCACGGGCCACAAGACGGCUCCAGGGACCAUAAGACGGCUCCACGAGCCACAAGACGGCUCCAGGGACCACAAGAUGGCUCCAGGGGGCCACAAGACGGCUCCAGGGGGCCACAAGACGGCUCCAAAGACCACAAGACGGCUCCAGGGACCACAAGACGGCUCCAGGGACCACAAGACGGCUCCAGGGACCACAAGACGGCUCCAGGGACCACAAGACAGCUCCAGGGACCACAAGACGGCUCCAGGGACCACAAGACGGCUUUAGGGACCACAAGACGGCUCCAGGGACCACAAGACGGCUCCAGGGACCACAAGAUGGCUCCAGGGAGCACAAGACAGCUCCAAGGACCACAAGACGGCUCCAGGGCCCACAAGACAGCUCCAGGGACCACAAGAUGGCUCCAAGGCCCACAAGAUGGCUCCAGGGCCCACAAGACGGCUCCAGGGCCCACAAGACGGCUUUAG